GCUCUACAAGCUAUAUGUCCUCUUGCUGGACCCGUUUACUUCGACGACUGGCAUAGAUGCCCGGAAGAAUAUGCAGCAGAAACGGACAAGGCAGUGAGGUUGCUUUCCCGCCGCUGGGACCCCUGGAAUGCUAAUUGGCUCUGGCGCCUGGCAAUUGCAAACCUUUCGCGGCCCAGCCCAGUUUCAUGCCAUGGGCGGGGGGGUUGGAUCUGACGACUGACAUGUGCUGACGAAGGCACUUUGCAACUCUCACACAUACAAAGACCAGGACGGCUGAGCUUUGUGAGCAGAUUGAUGAAGUGCUCCGCACGCGUCGCUUGGCUGGGAAGACGGCAUGCUCUUUCAUGUGCUCGACCGCGUGCAGAACGACGGCAUGUUCAGAAGGUGACACGCGACGGCAGAAAGGGCCAUACGCAGAACUACCCAAGGAAGCGCUGGAUGCAUCUAGGGGACUUGACGACAGCCUUGUUGACGACAGCCUUGUUGACGACAGCACUGCUUCACGAGCCAAACAGAGUCGCUCUUUUACGGCUGAGCCAGGGGAAGCGAUGACAUCAGGCCUUGGGCCUUGGAUGGAGCAAUGUGAGAAGAAUCGAUGGUGGGCUGCAGUGCUCGAAGCGAUGGCAGCUCUGGGCUCGAUCAACGUUCUGGCCCAAGAGAAUGUUUUGGGGGAGCAUUUGAGGAAGCGAUGGCAGCUUGGAGUGUGUGAAAUGAGCCAAGCCGCUGAUCUUCGAAGGUGAAGUGAUGCCAUAUGUUUGUGCACUGCGUUGCUAGGCUGACUUGCUUGGAGGCUCCCCGGUACUGGUACUGCAUUGACAACGAUGCCGUGCGGCAUCCUGAGGUGGCUGCUUUUGCAAGAUCAGUG